AUGGGCAUCGCAGCCUACCGCACCAGCUUUCUUUGCCUCUCCAUUGCCGUAGCUUUCCUCCUCUUUCCCCUCUGUGCCACUGCAGAAAACCCCUUGACCAACGUCAACCUAAGCCCCUUCUGUGAGUGGAGAAGCGCAUACGACUGCAUGCAAAAUUUCUCGAAGAGCUGCGAGGGAAAAGACGUGCUGACUCUGGCAGGAGUGGUGGACGUGAACGACACAGAGGUGGGAGAGUACUGCAAGGAAGGAGGGUGCUGGAAACACACCACCGACGUUCUCUACUGCAUCUCGCUGGUGAAGAGGGACUUCUGGUUCUCAAACAAGGCCACCGUCUCCGCCCUCACCAACGCCAUCCACAGCGGCUGUCAGUCCAUGACCAGUUUCAGCACCGCCAACUACACGGUGGCCACCAGCGGCGCCACCGCUCGAUUAAUCGUCUCCCGCUCUAGCUACUACUAUCUGCCCCUCUUCAUCUCCAUGUUCUUAGUCGCCACCCAUCUCUUCUGAAACAUCUCACAUUUUGCAUAUGCAAAAUAAUAUCUAGUAGUGUCUGUACCAAAA